AUGAUCUUAUAGAAUAUAAUGCUUUAGCCAACGGGAUAUGAAGGUGUUAAAAACAUGCAACAUGCACAUAAAUGCAGCAGGAAUAGAUGAUGCGUUAAAACAAUGACGGGGAACAUUUUAACAUCAAUACUUUAAUGUAGGAAAGAUCCAUUUAGCUGAUACUACUUUUCAUUCUUUCACUUAAAGUAAGGUUUUGAAUGCGGUACUUCUACUUCCCGCGGAGUGUGAUAUUCGUACCUUUUUACAUCUGUAACCGCUGCUCUCAGAUCUGCUCACCGUGAGCGAGACCGCCAACGAGCCGCCGCAGGACGAGGGCAACUCCUUCAACUCUCCUCGUAACUUGGCGAUGGAGGCCACCUACAUCAACCACAACUUCAGCCAGCAGUGUUUACGCGUGGGUGGAGAGCGGUACAAGUUUCCUACCUCCAACCCAUUUGUGGAGGAGGAUACGGACAAGGGCGAGGUGGCAUCUGUCGCCUACAGGUACCGCCACUGGAAGCUCGGGGACGACAUCGAUCUGAUCGUCCGCUGUGAACACGACGGAGUGAUGACGGGCGCCAACGGAGAAGUGUCCUUCAUUAACGUCAAGACCCUCAACGAGUGGGACUCCAGGCACUGCAACGGGGUGGACUGGCGUCAGAAGCUGGACUCCCAGAGAGGAGCCGUCCUCGCCACCGAGCUGAAGAACAACAGCUACAAACUGGCCCGCUGGACCUGCUGCGCCAUGCUGGCCGGGUCGGAGUACCUCAAGCUGGGGUACGUGUCUCGGUACCACGCAAAGGACUCCGCCCGCCACGUCGUCCUGGGAACGCAGCAGUUCAAGCCCAACGAGUUCGCCAGCCAGAUCAACCUGAGCAUGGAGAACGCCUGGGGGAUCCUGCGCUGCGUCAUCGACAUCUGCCGCAAGCUGGACGAGGGCAAGUACCUCAUCCUGAAGGACCCCAACAAGCAAGUGAUUCGGGUGUACAGCCUGCCCGAUGGGACCUUCAGCUCCGAUGAGGAGGAGGAAGAGGAGGAAGAUGAUGAGGAGGAGGAGGAGGAAGAAGAAGAGGCCUAAAGAGCGGAUCGAGCUCCAGAGACCAAAGCGAGCCGUCGUCUUGCGUAAAGAAACACAAUUUAAUUCAUUUUUGACGUUCAAUAAACAGAUUGAAUUUA